ACACUUCUAAAACUGAAUUGGAAUCACAUGUACGAAGAGCUUCAAACUGUUCGUAGCAGUACAAGGGGAUGCAGUUAUUUUACGAACUGUCGCUUUCUUCAGUUCGGCUAGCAUUUCAAAUGCUGCGAACUCCUCCUUGCCAUCAGUUAGACCUACUGCGGUUUAGAGUUCGUUUUUCUUUUCGGAUUCUAAUCCGCCCUGCACCAACUGGGUACACGGUUUACCUUGUGGCCUUGCAAUCGCGUGUGUAACUGUGGCUGACCCAAGAUUUACUGUGAUGAUCUUUGCUUUCUGCUGUUGUGGACAACCUCAGACUGACUCGUGAGUUAAAAUAGAAAACAUCUGCACUGCUGUAAGGAUUCCCUAGCCGUCGCGUAUUGUGCAUGACGCUAUUACUUACAAUCAGGAGCAUUCGGAGUACACUAUUUCGUGUGAUUCCUUGAACCUGAGUUGCAAGCUUGAAUGAGUAUUGAUUAGUGUGGAUAUCUCCUAAUUGCAAAUUACCUUUAAAAACACGCUCUUCUAACAUCUCUGCAUUUGCUACGAACGUAGUGCCUUCAGUUUAUGCACAUGAUUUCGUUUUCAUUAAAAAAAACUGCGAAAAAAAGAACGGAUCUAGAUGCCUACACUAUCCAUGUGUUGAAAACAUCGACACAUUUUCAGGACUUGUUUUUCAAAGAUUUUUUCGCUAUGCUGGGAUCGAAUCUCGGGCGAGAUUAGGUCUAUGGUGUGCUUUAUGUUGUGAUUGCUUUUCCUGUUCUAGAAAGCGGUUGUCACAAGAAUCUCGAUUCAGUGUCGUUUAUGAACGCAAUUUUCGAGGAAGAGAAGAUAACUUCGGGUAGCAUCUUAGAUACUGAUUUUGACAAUGGAUCUACUAAAUCAAAAUUGAACACCGACACAGUGGAGAUUUACGGCCUUUCGUCACCAACAGGCUCAGUCGAGACAUUACCAAGGCCUCAGUCACGAAGGGUUGUGGCGCUUGAUAACUGCUCACUAAACUGAAUGCCUUACGCUUUCUCAUCUGCGAAAAAAGCUUUCAUAAUUAUACGCAACAACCACUUCAGCAGAGCCGGGGUGAACAAGCUCUUCACCUUCACUGUGUGAUUGAUUGGAUGCAUGUGAAGACACUCUAGCUGGAGCAUCGUCGGUCAUACACUAACCUCACCGAAUUUACUUUGGGAGAAGCUGUCUCUCUUAUAAAGUCCAAAUUGUAAUUUCCUUGACGGAGGAUGGAACCCUGUCGGAACUCCUCGUAAUUCCACGUAACUCCUGAUAUUGAUUUUUUGUCGAGAGAGCUUGAUGAAGUGAUGGACCGACGUCCGUCACUCACGCACGAACGCUCAGAAACCUUAAGAUUAUCGUUAAAGAACACGGAAGGUGAAGGGGGAGGGUCUCAGAUCAAUGAAUAUAAACGUAGGGCAUCCACAUUCUAUCACAAUCGGCAGCCCUCCGGAAUCCCCAUCUUUGAUUUUGUCAAUUAUAUUUCUUGAAGGGUUGUGAUAGCGUGUUAAAUCGUCGUUGAAGAGUGAUCUGGCUAUCACAAUGAGUGAGUCGCCCUGGACAGAUGACAAUGGACCGGACAUCAUAGAGAUUCUCAACAAUCCAAACGCAAGGCGUUUUUUGACCUCAGAAAAGCUUGGACUUCUCUUCACGAGGUGUCCAAUCUAUCAAUUAGAAGCAGCAUGGAAACACAUAGCAACAGCCUGCAAGUUUCCACCAACGCCGACAGAGAUAUCAAAAAACGAGUGGCUCAGACAUUGGACUCCAGUGACGUUUAAGGACGCUGCCACGAGGGCGUAUCAUCGCUACAGUCCCUUCCUUCUGGAAACUAGCACCAAAUUAUACUACAACAUCGGCUUCAACUUGUCAAGCACGCACCCUAAAGAUCGAGGGAUAAGGAACUGGACGGCCCUCCCUCCUUUGAACUUCCUUCCUCCAGGCGUUGACAGAGUCAUCGCUGGAUCCGCUGGUCUAUUGGUAAUGGAGGGAGGUGAGCAACCAGGUACAAAGCCUAUUAUGCUUUGGGACCAACCAAAAACCCCUAACGAUAAGUUCUGGGGAAACCCACAGGCAAAAGAGCAAUGCGGGGGCCAGUCUAUCGUGUGCAUCACUAACCCUCUUACUCGUGAAUACUUAGUCCUGCCACCCAUCCCAAAACGAAGAAUGUAUGGCAAAAUAGCCAAGUUUGUGUUUAGCGACACGCGACGCUGCAACUAUCAUCUGAUCAUUGCCGGUUGGGAGACGCAGAGGAAGAAAGGUAGACUCAGUGAUAUACUCAGCGUGGUUGUGUAUUCCUCGAAGAAGAAAUCCUACAUUCAUGCGAACUACAUAGAAAACGCUAGACCGAUCCCCUACUUCGAAAGUGGCCGAUCAGGAAUGGCUGUUAUCAAUUACGGCGUGUACUUUGGAGGAGUCCGGGUUCUGAAAAAGAAAAACGCCGAGGAACUUCACAUACCUGCAAUCUACUACUUCAAUAUCAGCGAUUCCAGAAGACAACGCCUAUGCUUCGACUUCACACUGAUAAAUGUAGCCUCUCGACAGGUUCAAGCUCCGAAGGUGGUGCAAGCGGGGCCGUUUCGGGUGUUCGCCGUCACGAGGUAUGCACAGUUGCCCACUUUCAUCAUGCUCGUCGAGGUUGAAUUAACAGCGUGUGGGUCACCGUCCGGGAACUACAACAAAGUGGAGAGUGGAACCAUGCCCAAGGAAAUGUAUCAACAACUGUUUCCCUCGGCAGCAGAAGCAUUGCUGCCCUACGAGGUCAGCAGUGUGGAUGGUAGAAUUGCAAUCAAGUCUCUCAGCUCCAUCAAUUGGGUUGCAACAUUCGACAUCAAUACCCACUCCUGGAUGGUUUUUCAGUUUCCGCACCAGCAUGAGGAGCGAGAGUUUCAUUUGUGUGAUGGUUGUUACGAGCCCGUCUUUGCGGCAAGGCCUUGAUUCCGGAUAUGAAAAACGAAACAACCAGGAGUCGAAAUUCAUGCAAAGUUGAGUAUUAUAAAACUAUCUGUAGUUGCAAAUUAAAUAUAGGAAAGCAACAUAAUACCAAACCCACUUGGAGAUAUAACGCAACUGCAUCAAACCGUGUAUUGCGACUGAAUAUGGUUCAAAUUUACGGUGCAGGGCAGAGGGAUGCAUCGAAUAUCGGCAAAAUACUACUGUUCAGGUUGCAUCAAGCAAGACAUGAUUAGAUUGAGGUUAAAUUUUGACAAAGCAAUGGAAACAAAUCCUUCGAUCCUCCA